AAGUGAAGUACAGGUACCUGAAAUUUGUACUUAAGUACAGUACUUGAGUUAUAUUUACUGUCCAACACUGAUGGUAUCUAAAAUAUAACAUUCUUCUGAAAUAUACGAGAUACUUCGGCUGUGUGUAAAUGUUUGCAGUAAGUCCGGUGUCACCGUCCACCUGGACCGCCCGAGGCUGUAAAACGAGCGCAACUGCUGGUGUUGCCCUAGAAACCACCUGAGCCGUAGUUGUUUAGUCUCCAACGUUUUGACAACACUGACUGUCGGUAUGUGAAGCAACAAGUCGACACAGUGGUGCGAUAAAUUACGUUUUAAUGAGAGAAGAAGUGUACUUGUGGCGUUUGGCGUCUGUAAGUAAUUAACGUUAGUUGCUAGAAAGUCCCACCAUGGCUGGAAGUUGUGUUCAAAUUGACCCACCGUGUGUCGAGUUCAACGAUGUGACAGUCGGGCAGGUUUACAGGACCACAGUCACGGCAACAAAUGUUGGGAAAACAUCGAAGAAAAUAAUAAUUAAAAAGCCCGCGUCAAAGUUGUUCAAGUUCACCAUAUCUAGCUCAGCCAAGGCGCUGGCUCCUGGUCUGUCUGUAAGCGGUGUGCUGGAGUUCACUCCAGAGGAAGAGAAGGAGGUCAGAGAGAGCCUUCUGAUUCAUAUAGACGCUGUGGAAACCAUCAAAAUACCACUGCUGGGGUUUCCCAGGGGCUGUUCCCUCCUAAUGGACUCAGUACUAGACUUUGGCUGUGUUGCUGCUAGCAGUCAGGUGAUCAGCAAACAUCACCAUAUAACCAAUCAGGGAUCAGCACCAGGUGUGUUCCAGGUGCAAUACAACGGAGACCCCUCAGUCAGACUCUCACCCUGCGUUGGAGUUGUAGCAGCUGGCGCCACCCAGUGGCUGAAAGUGGAACUGCGUACAGACAGACCCAUACAGAUAGAUGAGAAGGCUCUGGUGAAACUCCAGAAUCGCUCUCCUGUAGUUUUCAGUAUCAGGGCUGAAGUGGUGGACCAACGCCUUGAGGUCUUUGACCGGCAGGGAGCUCCACUGUCCUGUCUGUGGUUUGGACCUGCAUACUUUGGGACGUCCCGUGUGGAGAAUGUGGUUCUGAGAAACAAUGCACCGCAGGCAUGUGACUGGGUCUGUCUGCUCCAGGAUACUGCAGCUGAGACUGAGGUGGGAACAGAUCUCCAGAAGAGCACCGGCGCUGCCCUGCUGGAAAGAAUGGAGAGGUGCAGCACAGCCACCCAAGACGUCUCUCAGGUCUUGGCGUGUGUCCCCAAACAGGGUAGACUGGGACCGUAUGACAAAACCACCGUGGCAGUACGCUUCAGCCCCAUCUGCAAGAGUACUAAUGAAGAUAAGAAGCGUGAUUACUCAACCAGCCGUCAAGACUACUGUCUUUACCUCCUGUUUGAGUCAGUGGGAAGCAGAUAUGGCUUCACUCACCAUAAAGGUAACAGUAGUGUGGAGCUGGCAGUGACAGGCUCUGGGCUGCCUGUGUCUCUGGUGCCUAGUCCCUCUCGAAGGUUUAAUUUCCUCACCUGUGAGAUGGGCCAACGUGUAGACCUGCUCUGUGUGCUGCAGAAUCUCUGCCCUCAACUUCCCAUCAAUUUCUGCUUCCGCAAGUUAGCACAUUUCACUGCUAAGCCCUCCACUGGCGUGAUCUCCCCCGGGCAAUGUCAGGAUGUAAUUUUGUCUUUCACUGCACGGCAACAAGGGAGCUUCCAGGUGUGUCAGAAGGUAGACGUCUUAGGUAAUGUUCUUCGGAGGGGUGGCAACACAGCUGAAGAUGUUACUGGACUUGAGCUUUGCAGCUUCCACACCAUCACUCUACACCUGUCUGCUGUCUGCAGAAGUGAGACCACACACCCUGUACCUAAACUAAAUCCUGGCAUCACUCCAGCAGUGACCAAUCCAACCGGAUCACAGCCUCACGUUCGGUACAGUGAACUGGCUUGCUGCCGUGUGAUGGCACGUGCUGCUGUCCUCAGCGCUGACAAAACACGAAUUCACGAACAUCGCAGCGAGAGGAGUCAGAACACAGAGGGGGAGGAGUUCCUGGCUUUUCCUAAUGACCGAGCCGCGAGCAUCAGGCCUGCCUCUCCAGAAAGACAGUACAGGACCAUCUUCACUGGUGUACACCGCUAUCACUAUUUGGACACAAACUAUGCUCUCACUGAGGAAGAAGAGGAGCAGAAACAGCAGAAUCAACAGAUUUACAUAGACUUCAUCAAACAGCUCAGACAGACUCGGCUACAGAAAAUCAAAGAGAAACCACAGGAAACAGUGGAAAACGAUGUGGAUAUUGGGAUUGUUCCCUCUCAAGGGCUUGUUCCCCCUACACUUUGCAUCAGCGACCUGGAGAGCAGUGAGAUCUCAGAGGCCAAGCCAAAUAACAGCUAUGCUCUUCUAGCAACCAAAUCCAGCCUCCCCCAAGACAGGACAUCCAUCACCCAGAAGGCCUCAGAGAUAAUGAAUGCAGUUCCCUCUACUAGACAGGAGAUGGCAGACUGCAACAGGACUCUGACAGCUCAGGAGCUCUACCAAGUUGACAUAGGUCCAUUGUUAGUGAACUUUGGCGAAGUGUGUGUGCAGUCAGUGUGUGUUCAGAAGCUGAAGCUGAUAAAUCAUCUGUCAAUGUUCGUCUGGGUGCAGCUGGAGGUUGACUGCCCUGAGCUACAAGGCUCCUCACCCCUCUCCCACGUCUUGCCACCCCACUCCCACAACACCCUACCCCUGACGUUUCAAAGCAACACGCUGGGUCACUUCUACAGACCUGUAUCCUUCUCUGUGAACCAGCAACACCCUGGUCAAAUACUGGUCCAGGCUGAGGUUGUCCCCUUGGCUCUGGAGCUUUCGACCUCUCUGCUGGUGCUCCGCCCAAACCCCACUCUGCUUGCCCAGUCAGGUUACAGGAGCUCAGUUACCCUUCGAAAUCGUCGUAACCACGCCGCAGAGUUCACAUGGAAACCAGUGGUGACAGAGAGUGGCAUCCUUUUCUCCAUUCGACCGGCUACAGGUACAGUGGAGCCAUACAGGGAGUUGGACUGUGAGGUGGUGUGGCAUCCCUCCUUCUCCUCCCCUCCAGAAGGAGACUUUGAUCUCUCAGUCCAUGAGGGCAACACACAACGCCUGCACUGUGUUGCUAAGGUUGGACUCGCUAGUGUCCAGCUGGCAGAGAAACGGGUCAUAUUUGGAUCAGUGCCUCUCAACAUGCCUUCUGUCAGAACUGCCAUCUUACACAACACUGGACAGAACCAUGCCUACUACCAGGUGCUAGAUGUUUGUCCCCUGCUAGGCAUGAUGGUGAGCCCACCUGAGGGCGUGGUGCCCAGUGGGGGGCAGGCUGCGCUCACGAUCCACUUCCACCCCGAGUCUGUCAUGAAGUUUGACACCAGAAUUGAGAUAGCUCUGAAAAGCAUGAAGUCCAUUGAGCUCAGAGUGGGAGGAUCAGUAGAGCCUCCAAAUGUAGACAUCAGUGUGUCCCAUUUCCAGUUUUACGGGGUCUAUUCUGGUUCUCAGCGAGCGAUACUGUUCGUUCUGACAAAUCACUCGUCAGCCGAAGCCUGGGUCACCCUCGACCGGUCAGAAUACACUGAAUUCUCUUUGCAGCUCCCUCAGGCCUCAGCAAAGAAGGAGCCAGGUGUGAAAUAUGUGAAGGUCCAAGGCUACCAGACAGUGGACUGUUCCCUCGUCUUCUCCCCCACACAGGUGGCCAGCUACGACUUUGACCUUGCACUGAUAGUCAACGGAAUGAGAUGGCCCACUGCUUCUCUGUCUCCCUUUCCCACUGCGUCCUUCUCUUCCACCUCCUCCUUGCUGUCAGCUGGCAGCAGGAAGCACGUCGUCAAGACUCUUCCACAGUCUGUCACAAUGGUGACACAACAGUCACAUCACAUACAGGCUACAGUGCUGUGCGCCCCACUGGAAAUGUCCCCUUCUAGCCUACAGUUCCAUGUGGAGCCUUUGGCACUACAGUCUGAUGCUAACACUAAGCAGAUAGUGGAGCUGAAAGCAGUGUGUGAAGAGAGUGUGUUUUGGCAUAAGGGAGUCAGGGAGCAUGUAAACUGGUGGUUUGACUGCAAUGCAAUAGCGGGCCCAACAGAAGACAGAAGAAUGGAGAAGCUAUGUAUGGUGGCUCCAUCAUCAGGCAGUCUGGGGCCCAGCCAGUCCAUCUGCUUGGCGGUCAGCAUCAGCCCUGAGGUUAUCAGAGCAGGUUCUAGACGAGUGACUAAACUGUCCAUCCCUCUUUAUGUGGGAAACAAGGGAGACAAGGGGAUGGCAGGAGAGGAGGAACAACAACCCUACCGAGAACUGUCCAUCACUAUUACUGUCCAGCUUUCCUGUAUCACCAUCCACCCCCCUCAAAUCCUCCUUACACCAGUACCCCUGGAAAGCAACGCAACUGCAACACUCACCCUGCUGGCCUUAGGAUACCCUAAUGGAACUAUGGUAUCAGCUGAGGUGGAUGAAGUAGAACUGGAGGAUGGGACAAAGAUACAGCCUGUUUCAGUCAUCUUUCCUGAGGGUAACAACAUCCCUGCUCAAAACCUGGAUCAGAGAUAUCCCGUUGGCAUCCAGAACCAAGAGGCCAAUGUGGCCUCUCUAAUCUGCAGUGUGUCCUUCUGCUCCACCGUCCCUCUGUCCGUCUGCACAACUAUCACCUUCACUGACCACCUCCAAAACAGGUUUAAGGUUAGGUUGUGUGCUACUGCUGAGAACUGUCUGUUGACAGUCUGGCCCUUCCUGGCCCUGCACCGCUCCGAGCAACAGAUCAUUCUCAAGACUGGGGCCACAGCUGUUGAGGCGAUCCUUCAGCCCUAUCACACACCAAGUCCUGCCUCUGGUCCGACUUCAUCUUCCUCCUCAUUGUUUGAUCGCAACAGCUCAGCAACAAACAAGAACUCAGCCUCAGACUCCUUACCAGACAGCGACAGUGUGAGCGGUCAGUCCAGCAGGGAUACAAACGUCUCUCCUAACAGAGACACCCCUACCGGUAUUGGUGUCCCAGAAUUCCCUGCUGCCAACUCAGAGGAAGGACAGUAUUACCAGAAUGUUUUAGUGGCUGUGAAGAGGUGGUUUAGCCUCUUUGGGUGGCCGAAUGGACCACACCCUAUCUCUGUACCACACACGCUCAGAAGAGUUGUGUCGAAAAUUCAAACGAGUCAUUCCAGUGGACGGACUUAUCGAGUCAGUCAAAAUAAAGACUCCAGGUCUGUAGUGGACAUGCUUCAUUACCUGACUGGCAAACAGAUUCCUGGUAUUCCUCACUGUCAGACUUUUUCCAAUGAUAUUGACCAGCGCACCAAUCAGCUGCUACAACAGCAUGAAGCCAUACUUGCUUUUCUCAGGGUGCAGGGAGCCUGCCUUUGUCACAUCAGACCAGAGUACUUGCUAGACAAGCAGGAGUUCAAACACUGGUGCUCCCUGCAGGCAAAUGAGGAAGCAUAUGGUCUGGACUACAGCAGUGUUGACUAUGAGUCUCUGAGCAAACGAUCGUGGACUGACGUGCUGCUGCAAAUAUACAAGGUGCUGGUGUUGUGUCGCGUGGCAGAGAGCGGUUUGAACUCAAGUUUGAACCACAAAAACGUUGAUGGAAUCCUCCCUGGCUUACAGCCGCUUGCCAGUAACAUCUAUUCAGUCCGAGAGCUCCAGCUGCUCUCAUGGCUCAACAUGCACUACCAGAGCUCGAGGAAGACUGCGUGGGGUACAGGUGGUGUCCCACCAGCACGCUGGAUAGUGAAUUUUGACCUGGACUUGACAGAUGGACUGGUGCUAGCUGCUCUGCUUGCUGCCUACUGCCCUUUUCUGAUCUGCAGCCACUUCGGGAGGAUGUACACCACAACUAGCACUCUGGAGCAGAUCCUUCACAACAACAUCAUAGUGGCCCAGGCCCUGACGACACUUUGUCUCAACCUAGAUGUACAGCCAACAGACUUGUCAGACCCCAAUCCAGUGCACAUGUUAAUGCUGUGUGUUCACCUGUAUGAGAGACUGCCUCAGUACCUGCCAGUGCACACCAUUACUCUCUCAGGAGGCCUGCACAACACUUUCAGCAAACAGAUUCGUCUGAAAAGCCCAACCUCCAAGCCUGUCAAAUACCAGGCCUUCCUUCUAGGAGACGAUGCCCAUCUCUUCUCCCUCCCUGGUGGACACACUGUCAUCAUUCCUCCAAAAGCGAGCACUGAACUGACCGUCCAGUUCAGCUGCUCCUUCAUGCAGCCCAUGCACGCAGUCCUUCUGCUCAUCUCCAGCUCUCCUUUUGGCCUGUACGGCACCACUCUCGCCUUCAACCUGAAGACCCACGUCAGUCACAUCACACCAACAAACACUGUCAAGUGCAAGUCUCCAUGCUACCAGCUGAAUGUAAUCCAGGUGCCUGUGACCAACCCUUUCAACAAAGAAGCUGUGUUUAGGGUGGUGCUGGUGGAGUCUCUGUUCAACCCACUGGAGCCUGAAAAGAAGAAACAUGGCCUUGUUCAGCAGGCCUCCUCCAAAACCAGUAUAGAGCAGAUGACUUCAGACACGAGCUAUAGGGAGGAGAUGGAGGAGAAGUAUGCAGAUCUCAAUGGUGAAGGCACUGAGUUCCUGAGUCCAGUAAAGAGCAUUUGUCUGAAUUCAGGCCAAGCAAACACUCUCAACAUCCACUACCUGCCCUUCUCCCCAGGCACCAAGUAUUGCUCUGUGCUGCUAGUUUGCCCUCAGGUGGGAGAUAUGGUCUAUAUGGUAAAGGCCACAGCAGGAUUACCUCUUCCUUCCCCUCUCACUGCCAAGCCCAGUGCUAACAUAGUCUCCAUCCCCAACAACUCUGACCCAGCUGUGUGUGUAGCAGUACUGAGCCUACGCUGCAGGGUGGGGCAGGUGUGUGAGGAGGUGGUGUGUCUGCCGUUGAUCAAUAUGGCCUGGGAGCAAGCUCUGGCCAUCUGGGGUCAGCACAGCAUGAGUGCCGAUGAAUAUAGCAAGCGGAUGCUGACACACACCUUGCAUAGCAGCACUGUGAGGACAACCACAGCUGCACGCAAGCUCUUUAAACAACAGGACCAACUGUUGAGAGGUGUGAACUGCAGUAAAGGGGUAGAAUACAGUGUGGAAGUGUCUUUGCCACAAUACUUUGCUUUACCCAGUACUGUUACAAUACCUGUAAAAGAAGACACCAACCUACCUUGGGAGAAUCCUGCAGUAGAUUGUGGCUGUGUGGACAUCCCAAUACGGUUCCAGGCAGACUCCGUGGGGCAAUUUACAUGUCAAGUGGUCCUGAGGUCCUGGUGUGAUACCAGGGUCUAUGUGCUAGAGUCACUGGUUACUUCACAGGACGGAUUCAUCCACUUGGACUUUAGCUCGCCUGCUCACCGGUCAGUCACUCAAGACAUACCACUGCACAAUGAGACCCACAAAGACUGGAAAAUGCAAGCUGAGGUGUGUGGUGAGGGAUUCUCCGGGCCAGAGGUUUUGUAUGUGCCAGCAGGGACAAGAGCCUGUUACCCCCUCACCUUUUACCCUUCUGCACAAUGCACUGUCAUGGGCAAGCUGUCCUUACAUAAUGACUGCAACGGCACUGAGCACAUGUUUACCCUGAGAGGAGUGGGAGAGCACCCCCUGCCCGUGGACCACGUGGUAUUACACUGCCCUGUAGGUCAAACCACACACACACAGCUAGAUGUCCCCAACUACAGCCAGAACAAAGUCACUCUCAAGGUGGAGACAGACCUGUCUGUUGUAAGUGGAGCCACCUCCCUGGAGAUUAAACCUGGUCAAAGUUCUUCUUACACUCUGGCUGUGACACCAUGGAAUCGAGGAAAACAGACAGGCUCUGUGUCAUUUGUAGAAAAUUAUGAUAUGCAAGAGGCAGACACACAAAAAGGGAAUUUACGUGGACACUACAAGGUGCAUUUUUCUCUAGAGAUCAUUUGUGAGCCAGCAGUGCCCAUCAAGGUCAUAGAUGUACAGUGUGCAGCUCAGAGCUCAGUUUCCAUAGAGAUUCCUGUCAGUAACCCACGAGGAGAGCUGAUGAUGCUGGAUGUGUACCUGGAAGGAGACGACCUGAGUGGAGCCAAAUGGAUUUCAAUUCCCCCACAGGAGAAACUCACCUACAAAGCUAUGUUCUCCCCUGGUAGAGUAGGGAAGAGGACAGGCAGUGUGGUGUUCCAGUCAGAGCUGGUGGGGGAGUUCUGGUAUCAACUGGAGCUUUAUGUUCUUCCUCCCCCAGUCAUCACUCUACCACAGGCCUGCUGUCAGCUGGGAAAGUGGAGCAGACUGACCAUUCCCCUGGUUAACCCAACAGCUGAUACUCUCGACCUAACUGUAGCCAACAGUAACCCCAGAAACUACAUACUGGAAAUGGAUUCAGUUAGUACUCUUAGAGUGGAGCCCCAUUCCUCCACUGAGCUUGGUGUCCGUUUUAGUCCUUCAUCCAUCGGAGAGGGGAACCACACGGCAAAGAUCACUUUCACAUGCCCUCAGUUGCAGGAAUGGUGUGUACUGUUAAGUGGGCGUGGACUUAAACCGGAGAGCGAGGAGCCUACAAGCAUCUCAUCCGUAAUUGGCUCCACCGCCUCCAUCACCAUUCCCUUCACAAACCCCACUGAGCUCCCAGUCAUGCUCAGUAUCACACUCACAGAUGAGGACCCGAGUGGAGCCCCCAAGUGCCAUCAAGUUGCUACAAAUAAGAAGGCCUUCUCUAUCCCUCUGAGCCAAACUGAAGGUAUACAGAUCAGUGAAGGGGCCAGUUUUGAUGUGCCUGUGGUGUUUGCAUCUAUCUCUAUGGAUCUACAACAAGCCUGGCUCUGCAUUACUAUGAAGCCCCUCAGCAGCCCGAGCAACAGCAGUACCUUCAAUACAGACAGCAUGAGGUCAGAGCAGGAAUUGUCAACCAUCUGUUGGAUUUACCCUCUCUGUGGGAUUCCCACGGAGGUGCCUGUUGAGAACUCACCACUUGGCGUGGUCUGUUGUGAAGCGGGCUGCCAGCUGGAAAGGAAGGUGGAUGUACUGCUAACGGGAUGUGUGCCGGGGACUCAAGUCCGGAAAGGACAGGAAGUUUCCCUUGGGAUGAUGGAAGACUUCCUGUGUGAGGUUCAUUUAGACAGCAAAACAGAGCACUCAGAAGUGGAGGAUUGCCUUUCUGCUUCUGUCAAGGCAGCGAGGAGGGACCCUGAGACCGGCAUUGUAACACUCACCCUUAAUCUAGUCUACACUCCCCUCAGGCCAUGCAGGGGCACGGCGAUCCUAGCUGUGCAGUGGGUGUCUGGCAGGAUCUGGGAGUUUCCCAUUACCCUCAUCGCCACUGAGCCUCAAGUGGAUGACGUCAUCCUCACUGAAGCCACUGAGUUUGGCAAGACCUCAGCUGUGGCCUUCCGUUUGACCAGCACCACCAGGAGACCAGAGCUGUUCACAGCAACGUUCCUGCCAGGCAGCAGCAGUGAGUUCAAAGUGAAUCCAGCCUCAGGGACGUUACCUCCUGUUGGUUCUACUGGAGCUCUCAUCACCGUGUCCUUCACACCCACUGUGCACGGAAAGCACAGAGCCAGACUAAACAUCCAGGCAGCAGACAUGCAGUGGACCUACGAGGUGAGAGGGAAAACCCCUCAUGACUCCCCACCCCUCUGUACCACAUCCACCAAUGGCAGCUCUUCGGCGCUGCGUCCAGCCAAUGAUCGGAUGCGAAACUUUGUGGCUCGGAACCUUCGCCUCCCGUCCCUGGCUAACUCAUCCCCUCUCAAAGUCUGCAGAUAAAGUUCUCACUCUCAAAGCAAAGGAUCGUCAUUUUUGUCCAAAUUCUUUUUUAACUUACAUAUUCAAAUUACAGCCAGGGUAUUUUUUUAUCUAGCAACAUUUACCACACAAUGUCACCUUCAGUUUAAUUAAGAGAUACCUUUAUAUUUGGACAGGCACAUUGCCACAUGGUGGUGAUGAUGAUAGGUUUGCAUAUUUGUCCCUUUUUCUCUUGAAAUGGCUCAUUAGUCGUGUUAGUGUUUCUCAUCAGCUGUGCUAAUGAGCUAUAUACAGCCAGUACAAAGAUGAGUUUUGUCUACCUCGUAGCAAGUGCAGGAAAUUUUAAGAAAAAAAGGUUGCUUGCAAGAGGAAAUUGAAACCUUUUUUUGGCCAGACAUUUUGAGUUGAUUUGAAUCAAUGUUCAUAACUCUUAUUGUAAUUAAUCUUGAAGUAAUGCUUUCAUUUUAACAACACUGUCCAAUGUCAUCAUCAUAACCCAAUACAGGUUCAAGUUCAGGAUCCUUUAUUUGUACCCCUAGGUAGAUUUGUCUUUGCAGUUGAGAAGUCAACCUCACAUUUGGAAACAAACACAGACAGCAGACACUAAACAGUAGAUAAAACAUAAUAUAAGUAUUCAAGGCUCCAGUAAAUACAAAAAAUGUUGCUUCUGCAUCACCUGUGGAACAUUUCUUUCUGUGUGAUGGCUGCUGGAACAAAGCUGUUUUCACACUGCUUUGUUCUGCACUUUGGGACUGUAAACCUUUGUCUACAAGGAAGAAGCUGAAAUUCACUGCAGACGUGGGAGUUGUCAUUUAAAAUCAAGCUAGUUAUCCGCUGUAACUGUCUGCCGUACAGGGACGCUGGAUUAAGCUGUGACUUACCAAUCAGCCUGUUAAACCAUUUAACAAUUUGGUUCAGGGAGUUUCUGUUUUUCAGGGGCAGGUUUCAAAACCAUGCCACCAAAUAUAAAGAUGAAAUCGGUUCAAUAAAUGACGAUGAAAUAAGGUCAUCAUGGUUUUA